CUGCGCGCAGACGCCGUCACGCGCAUGCGCGGGCGUGUGUGCACGUGUGGCGGUGUGGCUGAGCCUGGAGGGAUGGCAGCGGGCUGCGGAGCGGAAUGAGAGCUCGUCGGGAUGGCGGAGAGACCGUCGGCGCUGUUCGCGAAGCUGUUCGCCGCCGGAUUCUACGGCGUGAGCUCGUUCCUGAUCGUGGUUGUGAACAAAAGCGUUCUCACCAACUACAGGUUCCCCUCGUCUAUAUGCGUCGGAAUCGGACAGAUGCUGGCCACGGUGACCGUGCUGUGGGUGGGCAAGGCAGCCAGGGUGAUCAGCUUCCCCGAUUAUGAUGACAGCAUCCCCAUCAAGACUUUUCCUCUACCUCUCCUCUACGUGGGAAACCAAAUCACUGGUCUGUUCAGUACCAAACGGCUCAACCUGCCAAUGUUUACGGUCCUCAGGAGGUUCUCCAUUUUAUUCACAAUGUUGGCUGAAGGACUUCUGCUCAAGAAGAAGUUCUCCUGGCCGGUUCAGCUGACCGUGUUUACGAUGAUCCUCGGAGCUUUUAUAGCUGCCAGUGCAGAUUUGUCCUUUGACCUGCAGGGCUACGUCUUCAUCCUGCUGAACGACGUCCUGACCGCCGCCAACGGGGCGUACGUGAAGCAAAAGCUGGACGCGAAGGAGUUGGGGAAAUAUGGAUUACUGUAUUAUAACGCAUUAUUUAUGAUCCUUCCUACCAUGCUGUUGGCCAUCGUAACGGGAGAGUUGAACAAGGCUGUGGAGUUUGAUGGCUGGUCGGAUAUGCUUUUCCUUUCCCAGUUCACCCUGUCUUGCAUGAUGGGGUUCGUUCUGAUGUAUUCCACUGUAUUGUGCACUCAGCACAACUCUGCGUUAACGACCACCAUCGUGGGCUGCAUCAAGAACGUCCUGGUGACCUACAUUGGGAUGAUCAUGAGUGGAGACUACAUCUUCUCCUGGACCAACUUCAUCGGUUUGAACAUCAGCAUUGCCGGCAGCCUGGUGUACUCCUACAUCACGCUGACGGAGGAGCAGUCCAGCCGGAGCAACGACAACGCCAAACUGGACAUCAAAGGCAAGGUGGACGUGUGACGGCGGGCCGUGGGCUCAGCCUGGACCUAUGCAGUAUUUAGUAUGGAGACGAAGCCCCUCCUGCUGCCACGUUUCUACUCGCCGUUUUUAAAUCUUGUUUCUUCAAUGCUGCUCUUGUGAGGACACGGGAAUGCAGGACUAUUUGUGAGAGGCUUCCAGCAGCGGCUGUGUUGACGCGUCACCACGGCGACGCUUUGAGGGACUGCCCCUUUUUAUCUACGACACUGUUUACGGUUUCUGAGCGUGAGCGCAGGAGCCAUGUGGCUGAUGCACAGCUGGAAACAUGUUCAGAAACGGCUUUUGCUCUGCUAGAGUGGCUUAGCAUCAGUGUUAGUGAGCGUUUUUUAACCUGCUGGCUCUUUUCAGAUUUUUUUCCUUUUACAUUUGCUCCAAACAUUUCAAUCUAAGAGUGUUUUUAUGGUCUUUUGUAUAUUUAUUGGUUUCUUACUCCUGUAGAUGAAGUGAAGAUGGUAACAUCUCAAUGUCACUAAAGAACGAACUAUUUUUUGCAUUAAUAAAAGAACCAGGUUUAUUUUCUUAUUGUGGUCAACUCUAAAAAUAAAGUUACCUUUUUAAAGUCAUCACUUUUUCCGUUAUUUGUUUAAUAAACUAGCUUUUUGUCAUUUA